GGAUGCAUUCCCAGGUCUUAUUGUAUGUCGUAAUUUCACACCUACCCCUCCUGAAAGGUGAUAUUUUUGUUUAAAAGCAAGAACAAAAAGGAUCAUGUCAGUUCCCCAGAAGAAAGUAGAAUUGGACCAGGUUAUAGUGGGAAAACACAUCCUCCUGCUGUUUGCAACAGGAUAGUGUCAGUAACAUUUCUGCUUCAUCUCUGCCUCCUCUCGGCUCUCCACCACGAAGAUGUUGGCGCUGAGACGUGGCACAUGCUGUGCUCUGCUGGCACUGGCAAUGGCUCAAGGGAACACUACGUUUGCCAUCAAUGGAACAAUGACCACAAGUGGCGUGACCACCCCAACGCCAGCAACUACCACCAUUUCUCCAACCACCACAUCCACUGUUGCCCCAACAACCACUACAACUGGCGGCCCUAACAAUACUACAAGUGGUAUGACCACCCCAACGCCAGCGACUACCACCAUUUCCCCAACCACCACAUCCACUGUUGCCCCAACAACCACUACAACUGGCGGCCCUAACAAUACUUCAAGUGGUAUGACCACCCCAACGCCAGCAACUACCACCAUUUCCCUAACCACCACAUCCACUGUUGCUCCAACAACCACUACAACUGGCGGCCCUAACAAUACUACAAGUGGUAUGACCACCCCAACGCCAGCAACUACCACCAUUUCCCUAACCACCACAUCCACUGUUGCCCCAACAACCACUACAACUGGCGGCCCUAACAAUACUACAAGUGGUAUGACCACCACAACGCCAGCGACUAAUAACACUUCCCUAAACACCACUACAUCUAUGUCUCAGACUACAAUCACAAACACAAGCUCCUCUCCUAGCACCCCAAUAAUGACAACAAUGACAUCAACCACCAAAUUCCCCACCAUGCACAAUGGAGGCUCAGACGUCAAAGCUUCUCUUCUGUUUUCUGUUGCACCAUUGUUGCUCUACACACUCUGCUUUGGAGCUGCGUGUUUCUGA